AUGAUCGAUUCCAUUCCCUUUGAGCAUGAGGUUACCGCCGCAACCCAUUCCCGCCGUGUGGGCGAUAGUCCAUCUGCGGCCCAGCUAAGAGAGGAGGAAACGGACCUUGCCGGACCUUCCGGAGGCUACCACAAGCAGCGUCUGGCUACGACCACCGGAGCGGAGCGAGCGGCUUUCAGGCGGCUUUUUGCAAUGGUGGGCACAGGGGUCCCUGCAAGUCAACAGAAGGACAAUGGGAGAACUGUUGCAGAGAUCAACAAACAGAAGGAGACCGAGUCACUGCCUCGAUCAAAGCCUCAGAAGUCCGAGCAGGCCGUCAGACAUCUCUCCCGUUAUCCAGUCUCGCUUCGUUCAAAGGCGAACGCUGCGAUACAACCCAAGCAAGAUGUCCGAGCCAAGAGAGUGAAGGGGCGUACGGCAGAGACGCAGAUAGAGCUGCAGCAGUCUACCUCUGAAGCUGAAGCGAUACGCGUAGAGGAGUUGAUGCGCAGCGCAGCUACAGACGCAGAACUCUGGAACGUUCUCGAGACCGAGGGAUUUUCAGUGAUCAGGCAGCUGGAGCUAGAUGGACCGAGUCCUGGCGAGUCGAACCAGAUGAAUAGUAAACCAAACCAGCAGCCAUCUUCCGGCCUGGCGGUCAUUGGACCGAACUACCCAUCUUUUCUCCUGAUGGCCGUUCGUCAGUUCAGGCAGGAAUUCCCAUCAUCUACCCUGGCGCUCGCGGUACUACCCGAAGUCAAAGCCCUUGGCCGUAGCUCGUAUGCUCUGGGCGCGAGCACUCCUCUAUACAACGAGCUCAUCACCAUCGCAUGGCUGAAAUAUGCUGACUUUCAUGAAAUCGACUACCUACUACAUGACAUGGACAGAGGGGGCAUAGAGUUCGAUGGCAACACGCUUGAUCUGAUUGCUUCGAUCCUAGUGGAGCAGCAGAAGGCGCGUCGUGGCUGGUUAGGUGGCGCUGUGGCUGCAGUAUGGGAAAUGGAGAGCCUUAGGCGCGCGUUCAGGAAGCUGGAAAGGUGGCGGGAUGUCGUUCAGGCGAGGCUGGAAGCCGAUGCAGUCAGGCAAGCGCAUGAAAGGGAUGCGCCCGAGGAGGAUGGUGAAUAUAGUAUAAUAUAA